AUGCGGGCGAUGAGAGCGUCAUGCGAUGCAUGUCGCCUCCGCAAGGUGGCGUGCGAUCGCGAGGCGAGGAUGGAGAAGGGCGAGGCGACGUGCAGCGCAUGCGCCCGAUUCGCAAUCGCAUGCACCUUUACCAGGAGACAACAGCGCGUGACGAGGUCGGACAAGUCAGGGACAGAGACGCCGUUUGGGGUGCGGGGACUGUCGCUGUCCAUCGUCGACCUGUGUGUGCACGCGUACCUGCGCUUCAUGGCGCCGUGCGUGCCCAUCAUCGACAUAUCCUCGCUGAUGUCGCGGACAAUACAAUACGAGAGCGAUGUGCUGGUGCUGGCGAUGGCGGCCAUGGGUGCCCCGCUCCUGGAUGCGACCACGGGGCCGGCACGGUUCGCUCUACAACUGGCCAUGGAACGGCGCUUCACCGAGAUGCUGAGCGAGAGACCACUGACAGCAAGAACGCUCGAGGAGCAGGCAGACGUCAUCGAGGCUACAUUUAUCCUUUCUGAUCUCAAGCGGUCCGCCAGCCAGGAAGAGGGGCCGCUGCGCAUGGAGUCGUCGUCCUUUGAGUUCAUCACUCGCCUCGUGCUCGAGACCCACAUGAACCGCGAGCCGCUCGAGGUCGAUGGGCAGCGGUACGAUUCCAGCACGGGCGUUGCGCUGAGCGCGACACAGGUGCAGCGUCGCUCGCGCAUCUUUUGGUUUGCGCUCAUGCAGGACUCCUUUCGCUCGUUUGGGAGGCAGAAAAGCACAGUGAUCCGGGAGAGCGACUACGACUGGGAGCUGCCGCAGUGGAUGCUGCAUCCCGAGUCGCACUACGAUGCACCCGUGCAUCUGGUCCCGCGCGAAGCGCUCUCGACGAUGGCCUCCUUCGAUGCCGCCCACCUCGAGUCUUUUCUCCGCCUCGCCUUUCUCGUCCGCACCGUCUCCAUCAAGUUUGUCACGCCCGAGGCCCAGGGGCGUGGCGUGCGCCCAACGGAUGUCGAGCGCGCCCUCCAUGCGUUUGAGCAGUGGCGCCACCGGCUGCCGUCUGUCAUCACCUGGGAGUCGGCCGUGCAGCACCCGUCUUCGCACGACGACGUCUCCCAGCGCAACAGCAUCAAGGCCCUCUUUCUCGAGUCGCUCUUUCUCCGCCAGAUUGCUGGCACCUGGAGUGCGCUGCACGAGUAUGGCGUGCGCGCAGACGAGUGUCACUGCCAUGCCCCGUCCUCCCGCGGACGGCUCGACGAGCUGAUGACUGCUGCCCUUUUCCGCGUCGCCAAGCUCCACACCGAGGCGGCCGCUCGGCGGCUGCUGCGCGCACACCGCGUGCUACUCGACCUGAGCGCGACCUAUGCCCUCUUUGGCUGCGUGCUCCUGCGCCACAUGCCCCCUGGCGGCCACGUGCACGUUCCCAGCGACGCCAAGCUGGGCCCGUUUGCUGUUGCGGCAGGGGCCAUGCUGACGGCCGGGGACAUGGCGCGCCUCGUGCAGCAGCUCAUCGAUGCGGCGCAUACGUGCGACUCGAGCCGGUACGUGGGCGCGGUGGUCACCAAGCUGCAGCGAUUUCUUGCCGACGCACGUGGCUCGUCGUCCGACUCUUCGUCAUCUUUGCCCUCGUCAUCGCCCUCCUCGUCGCCCUUUUCCUCGACGUCCUCUCCCUGGUUGCCCUUUCCCUCGUCGCCCGUCCCCUCGACAUCGACCAUCUACGGCACAUUCAAGGCCACGCAGACGCAGAUGAUGCAGUGGAUCGACGACGUCAAGGUGGCCGCCGGCGACGGCGGCGUGCAGUGCCACUUGCCGCCUCUCUCCUACCAAGAGCACACCACAUGGCAGGCGUCCCUCCGUGCUCUCAAUCUCAACUACGAGCUGCCCGGCAACGUCUUGUCCAUGGGCCCCGAUGCGCGGGUCUGGGCAAGCGAUCUCUGGAACAAUACACCUGAUCUAAGCUGCUCAUCCCCUAUACCCACUCGGACGGACACAGGGUAG